CAGGGAGCCCGAGCCCCAGGGCGUCCCGGGAGCCGCGGCAGGGCGUGUUAGAGCCUGACCUUUCUCGGGCCUCGCACAUUCUUUGAGCUCUCCCUCUCCGCGGACCACGGUCCGCGCGCUCUCGGCGCCCGCGAUGGGGAGACGGCGGCGGCAGUGUCUCCAGCCCUACUUCGUGUGGCUGGGCUGCGUGGCGCUCUGGGCGCAGGGCACGGCCGGCCAGCCUCAGCCGCCGCCGCCCAAGCCGCCCCGGCCCCAGCCGCUGGUGCAACAGGUCCGGCCCGCGACGGCUAGCUCUGAAGGCGGGUUCGCGGUGCCCGAGUACCGGGAGGAGGGCGCCGUGGCGGCCAGCCGCGUCCGCCGGAGAGGACAGCAGGACGUGCUCCGAGGGCCCAAUGUGUGCGGAUCCAGGUUCCACUCCUACUGCUGCCCUGGAUGGAAGACCCUUCCCGGAGGAAACCAGUGCAUUGUCCCAAUCUGUAGAAAUAGUUGUGGAGAUGGAUUUUGUUCCCGUCCAAACAUGUGUACUUGUUCCAGCGGCCAAAUAUCACCAACCUGUGGAUCAAAAUCAAUUCAGCAGUGCAGUGUUAGAUGCAUGAAUGGGGGGACCUGUGCCGACGACCACUGCCAGUGCCAGAAGGGAUAUAUUGGAACUUACUGUGGACAACCUGUCUGUGAAAAUGGAUGUCAGAAUGGUGGACGUUGUAUUGGACCCAACCGCUGUGCCUGUGUUUAUGGAUUCACUGGUCCACAGUGUGAAAGAGAUUACAGGACCGGCCCUUGUUUCACUCAGGUCAACAACCAGAUGUGCCAGGGGCAGCUGACAGGCAUCGUCUGCACGAAGACACUGUGCUGCGCCACCGUUGGACGGGCCUGGGGCCACCCCUGCGAGAUGUGUCCGGCCCAGCCUCAGCCCUGCCGGCGGGGCUUCAUCCCCAACAUCCGAACUGGAGCUUGCCAAGACGUUGAUGAAUGCCAGGCUAUUCCUGGAAUAUGCCAGGGAGGAAACUGCAUCAAUACAGUGGGCUCCUUUGAAUGCAAAUGUCCUGCUGGCCACAAGCAGAGCGAAACUACUCAGAAAUGUGAAGACAUCGAUGAGUGCAGCAUCAUUCCUGGGAUAUGUGAAGCUGGCGAAUGUUCCAACACUGUGGGAAGCUAUUUUUGCAUCUGUCCGCGUGGAUACGUGACCUCAGCAGAUGGCUCUCGGUGCAUUGAUCAGAGAACAGGCACGUGUUUCUCAGGCCUGGUGAACGGUCGCUGUGCCCAAGAGCUCCCGGGCAGAAUGGCAAAGACACAGUGUUGCUGUGAACCUGGUCGCUGCUGGGGUGUUGGAACCAUUCCUGAAGCCUGCCCCGUCAGGGGCUCCGAGGAAUAUCGCAGACUUUGCAUGGAUGGACUUCCAAUAGGAGGGGUUCCAGGGAGUGCUGGUUCCAGACCUGGAGGCACUGGGGGAAAUGGCUUUGCCCCAAGUGGAAAUGGCAAUGGCUAUGGCCCAGGAGGGACUGGCUUCAUCCCCAUCCCUGGAAGCAAUGGCUUUUCUCCUGGAGUUGGGGGAGCCAGUGUAGGGGCUGGGGGACAGGGUCCCAUCAUCACUGGACUAACUAUUCUGAACCAGACAAUAGACAUCUGUAAACACCAUGCUAAUCUCUGUUUAAACGGACGCUGCAUACCUACCGUUUCUAGCUACCGAUGCGAAUGCAACAUGGGCUAUAAGCAGGAUGCAAAUGGGGAUUGCAUAGCUAUUCUGAACCAGACAAUAGACAUCUGUAAACACCAUGCUAAUCUCUGUUUAAACGGACGCUGCAUACCUACCGUUUCUAGCUACCGAUGCGAAUGCAACAUGGGCUAUAAGCAGGAUGCAAAUGGGGAUUGCAUAGAUGUUGAUGAAUGCACAUCAAAUCCCUGCACUAAUGGCGAUUGUGUUAACACACCUGGAUCCUAUUAUUGUAAAUGUCAUGCCGGAUUCCAGAGGACCCCUACCAAGCAAGCAUGCAUUGAUAUUGAUGAAUGCAUCCAGAAUGGAGUUCUUUGUAAAAACGGUCGAUGUGUGAACACAGAUGGAAGUUUCCAGUGCAUUUGCAAUGCUGGCUUUGAAUUAACUACAGAUGGAAAAAACUGUGUUGAUCACGAUGAAUGUACAACUACCAACAUGUGUCUGAAUGGGAUGUGCAUUAAUGAAGAUGGGAGCUUCAAGUGCAUCUGCAAACCAGGAUUUGUAUUGGCUCCAAAUGGUCGUUACUGUACUGACGUCGAUGAGUGCCAGACCCCAGGAAUCUGCAUGAACGGCCAUUGCAUCAACAAUGAAGGGUCCUUCCGCUGUGACUGUCCCCCAGGCCUGGCCGUGGGUGUGGAUGGAAGGGUGUGUGUUGAUACUCACAUGCGCAGUACGUGCUAUGGUGGCAUCAAGAAGGGAGUGUGUGUCCGUCCUUUCCCAGGCGCCGUGACCAAGUCUGAAUGCUGCUGUGCCAAUCCGGACUAUGGUUUUGGAGAGCCGUGUCAGCCAUGCCCUGCAAAAAAUUCAGCUGAAUUCCAUGGUCUUUGUAGCAGUGGAGUAGGAAUCACUGUGGAUGGAAGAGAUAUCAAUGAGUGCGCUUUGGAUCCUGACAUAUGUGCCAAUGGAAUCUGUGAAAACUUACGUGGUAGUUACCGCUGUAACUGCAACAGUGGCUAUGAACCAGAUGCUUCUGGAAGAAACUGUAUCGACAUUGAUGAGUGCUUGGUGAACAGACUGCUCUGUGACAAUGGGCUGUGCCGGAACACACCUGGGAGUUACAGCUGCACAUGCCCCCCCGGGUACGUGUUCAGAACGGAGACAGAGACAUGUGAAGAUAUAAAUGAAUGUGAAAGCAGCCCCUGCGUGAACGGGGCCUGCAGGAACAACCUCGGCUCUUUCCACUGUGAAUGUUCUCCCGGCAGCAAACUCAGCUCAACAGGACUGAUGUGUAUCGACAGCCUGAAAGGGACGUGCUGGCUCAAUAUCCAGGACAGCCGCUGCGAGGUGAACAUCAACGGAGGCACGCUGAAAUCGGAAUGCUGCGCUACCCUCGGCGCCGCCUGGGGGAGCCCCUGUGAGCGCUGCGAACUCGAUACAGCCUGCCCAAGAGGUUUCGCCAGGAUUAAAGGUGUUACUUGUGAAGACGUUAAUGAGUGUGAGGUGUUUCCUGGCGUUUGUCCAAACGGACGCUGUGUCAAUAGCAAAGGAUCUUUUCACUGUGAGUGCCCUGAAGGACUUACGUUGGAUGGAACUGGCCGUGUGUGUCUUGAUAUCCGCAUGGAGCAGUGUUACCUGAAGUGGGAUGAGGAUGAAUGUGUCCAUCCUGUCCCUGGGAAGUUCCGCAUGGACGCGUGCUGCUGUGCAGUGGGGGCAGCCUGGGGCACCGAGUGUGAGGAGUGCCCCAGACCUGGCACCAAGGAGUACGACAGCCUGUGUCCCCGGGGGCCUGGCUUUGCUAACCGAGGGGAUGUGCUCACAGGACGGCCAUUUUACAAAGAUAUCAACGAGUGCAAAGCCUUUCCUGGGAUGUGCACCUUCGGGAAGUGCAGGAACACAAUCGGCAGCUUCAAGUGCCGCUGCAACAGCGGCUUUGCUCUGGACAUGGAGGAGAGAAACUGCACAGACAUUGAUGAAUGCAGGAUCUCCCCUGACCUCUGUGGGAGUGGGAUCUGCGUCAACACACCAGGCAGCUUUGAGUGCGAAUGCUUUGAAGGCUACGAAAGCGGGUUCAUGAUGAUGAAGAACUGCAUGGACAUUGACGAAUGUGAACGUAACCCUCUCCUUUGUAGGGGUGGUACCUGUGUGAACACUGAGGGCAGCUUUCAGUGUGACUGUCCAUUGGGACACGAGCUGUCACCGUCCCGUGAGGACUGUGUGGAUGUUAAUGAGUGCUCCCUCAGUGACAACCUCUGCAGAAAUGGCAAAUGUGUGAACAUGAUCGGCACCUAUCAGUGCUCCUGCAAUCCUGGGUACCAGGCUACCCCGGACCGGCAGGGCUGUACAGAUAUCGACGAAUGCAUGAUAAUGAACGGAGGCUGUGACACGCGGUGCACCAAUGCAGAAGGGAGCUAUGAUUGCAGCUGCCGCGAGGGCUAUGCCCUGAUGCCCGACGGGAGGUCGUGCGCAGACAUUGAUGAGUGUGAAAAUAAUCCUGACAUCUGUGACGGUGGCCAGUGUACCAACAUUCCUGGAGAGUAUCGCUGUCUGUGCUACGACGGCUUCAUGGCUUCAAUGGACAUGAAGACGUGCAUCGAUGUGAAUGAGUGUGACCUGAAUUCCAACAUCUGCAUGUUUGGGGAGUGUGAGAACACCAAGGGGUCCUUCAUUUGCCACUGCCAGCUGGGUUACUCCGUGAAGAAGGGGACUACAGGAUGCACAGAUCUGGACGAAUGUUCUAACGGAACCCACCAGUGCAGCAUCAAUGCUCAGUGUGUAAACACCCCCGGCUCCUACCGAUGCGCCUGCUCCGAAGGGUUCACCGGAGACGGCUUUACCUGCUCAGAUGUCGAUGAGUGUGCAGAAAACAUAAAUCUUUGCGAGAACGGACAAUGCCUCAACGUCCCCGGUGCGUAUCGCUGCGAGUGUGAGAUGGGCUUCACUCCAGCCUCCGACAGCCGAUCCUGCCAAGAUAUUGAUGAAUGCUCCUUCCAAAAUAUUUGUGUCUUUGGAACAUGUAAUAAUUUGCCUGGAAUGUUUCACUGUAUCUGCGAUGAUGGUUAUGAAUUGGACAGAACAGGAGGGAACUGUACAGAUAUCGAUGAAUGUGCAGAUCCCAUAAACUGUGUAAAUGGCCUAUGUGUCAACACUCCAGGUCGCUAUGAGUGUAACUGCCCACCUGAUUUCCAGCUGAACCCCACUGGUGUAGGUUGUGUUGACAACCGCGUGGGCAACUGCUACCUGAAGUUCGGUCCACGAGGAGACGGGAGUCUGUCCUGCAACACUGAGAUUGGGGUGGGCGUCAGCCGGUCUUCCUGUUGCUGUUCCCUGGGGAAGGCCUGGGGAAACCCCUGUGAGACGUGCCCCCCUGUCAAUAGCACUGAAUAUUACACCCUGUGUCCUGGGGGUGAGGGCUUCAGACCUAACCCCAUCACAAUCAUCUUAGAAGAUAUUGAUGAAUGCCAGGAGUUACCAGGUCUCUGCCAGGGUGGAAACUGCAUCAACACCUUCGGAAGCUUCCAGUGUGAGUGUCCGCAAGGCUACUACCUCAGCGAGGAGACCCGCAUCUGUGAAGAUAUUGAUGAGUGUUUCGCACAUCCUGGCGUCUGUGGGCCUGGGACCUGCUACAACACUCUGGGAAAUUACACCUGCAUUUGCCCACCUGAAUACAUGCAGGUCAACGGAGGCCACAACUGCAUGGACAUGAGAAAAAGCUUUUGCUACCGAAGCUAUAAUGGAACCACCUGUGAGAAUGAGCUGCCUUUUAAUGUGACCAAGAGGAUGUGCUGCUGCACGUAUAACGUGGGCAAAGCCUGGAACAAACCCUGCGAACCAUGCCCGACUCCAGGAACAGCUGACUUUAAAACCAUAUGUGGAAAUAUUCCUGGAUUCACCUUUGACAUUCACACAGGAAAAGCUGUUGACAUUGAUGAAUGUAAAGAGAUUCCAGGCAUUUGUGCAAAUGGUGUGUGCAUUAACCAGAUUGGCAGUUUCCGCUGUGAGUGCCCUACAGGAUUCAGUUACAAUGACCUGCUCCUGGUCUGUGAAGAUAUUGACGAGUGCAGCAAUGGCGAUAAUCUCUGCCAGCGGAAUGCGGACUGCAUCAACAGCCCUGGCAGUUACCGCUGCGAGUGUGCUGCGGGCUUCAAGCUUUCACCCAAUGGAGCCUGUGUCGAUCGCAAUGAAUGUUUAGAAAUUCCUAAUGUUUGCAGUCACGGCCUGUGUGUUGAUUUGCAAGGAAGUUACCAGUGCAUCUGCCACAAUGGCUUUAAGGCUUCUCAGGACCAGACCAUGUGCAUGGAUGUUGAUGAGUGUGAGCGGCAUCCGUGUGGAAACGGGACCUGUAAAAACACUGUUGGAUCCUAUAACUGUCUCUGCUACCCAGGGUUUGAGCUCACUCACAAUAAUGACUGCCUCGACAUAGAUGAAUGCAGUUCCUUUUUCGGCCAGGUGUGCAGAAAUGGACGGUGUUUUAAUGAAAUAGGCUCCUUCAAGUGUUUAUGUAAUGAAGGUUAUGAACUUACUCCAGAUGGCAAGAACUGUAUAGAUACUAAUGAGUGUGUUGCCCUUCCUGGCUCCUGUUCUCCUGGUACCUGUCAGAAUUUAGAGGGAUCCUUCAGAUGCAUCUGUCCCCCAGGGUAUGAAGUAAAAAGCGAGAACUGCAUUGAUAUCAAUGAAUGUGACGAAGACCCCAACAUCUGUCUUUUUGGUUCCUGCACCAAUACUCCUGGGGGCUUCCAGUGCAUCUGCCCCCCGGGCUUUGUGUUGUCUGACAAUGGCCGGAGAUGCUUUGAUACUCGCCAGAGCUUCUGCUUCACAAACUUUGAGAAUGGAAAGUGUUCUGUACCCAAAGCUUUUAACACCACAAAGGCAAAAUGCUGUUGCAGUAAAAUGCCAGGAGAGGGCUGGGGGGACCCCUGUGAGCUGUGCCCCAAAGACGAUGAAGUUGCAUUCCAGGAUUUGUGUCCUUAUGGCCAUGGAACUGUUCCUAGUCUUCAUGAUACCCGUGAAGAUGUCAAUGAGUGUCUAGAGAGUCCAGGCAUUUGUGCCGAUGGUCAGUGCAUCAACACAGACGGGUCUUUUCGCUGUGAGUGUCCCAUGGGCUACAACCUGGAUUACACUGGAGUACGCUGCGUGGAUACUGAUGAAUGUUCAAUCGGCAAUCCAUGUGGAAAUGGUACCUGCACCAACGUCAUUGGGAGUUUUGAAUGCCAUUGCAAUGACGGCUUUGAGCCAGGGCCCAUGAUGACUUGUGAAGAUAUCAAUGAGUGUACCCAGAACCCGCUGCUGUGUGCUUUCCGCUGCAUGAACACCUUCGGGUCCUAUGAAUGCACGUGCCCGAUUGGCUACGCGCUCAGAGAAGACCAGAAGAUGUGCAAAGACCUGGAUGAAUGUGCUGAAGGGCUGCAUGACUGUGAAUCUAGAGGCAUGAUGUGCAAGAAUCUGAUUGGCACCUUCAUGUGCAUCUGCCCACCUGGGACGACCCGGAGGCCUGAUGGGGAAGGCUGCGUAGAUGAAAAUGAAUGCAGGACCAAGCCAGGAAUCUGUGAAAACGGGCGUUGUGUUAACACUAUUGGGAGCUAUAGGUGCGAGUGUAAUGAAGGAUUUCAGUCAAGUUCCUCAGGCACUGAAUGCCUUGACAAUCGACAGGGACUCUGCUUUGCCGAGGUACUGCAGACAAUGUGUCAGAUGGCAUCCAGCAGCCGCAACCUUGUCACAAAGUCAGAAUGCUGCUGUGAUGGGGGGCGAGGCUGGGGUCACCAGUGUGAGCUUUGCCCGCUUCCUGGAACUGCCCAGUACAAAAAGAUCUGCCCUCAUGGCCCAGGAUACACCACUGAUGGAAGAGACAUUGAUGAAUGUAAGGUCAUGCCAAACCUGUGUACCAACGGGCAGUGCGUCAACACCAUGGGCUCAUUCCGAUGCUUCUGCAAGGCUGGCUACACCACAGACAUCAGCGGAACCUCGUGCGUAGAUCUUGAUGAAUGUUCCCAGUCCCCGAAACCAUGCAACUUCAUCUGCAAGAACACUGAGGGGAGUUACCAGUGCUCCUGUCCCCGGGGAUACGUCCUGCAAGAAGACGGAAAGACGUGCAAAGACCUCGAUGAGUGUCAAACCAAACAGCACAACUGCCAGUUCCUCUGCGCCAACACUCUGGGAGGUUUUACCUGUAAAUGUCCACCUGGUUUCACACAGCAUCACACUGCUUGUAUUGACAACAAUGAAUGUGGUUCUCAGCCUUCACUUUGCGGAGCAAAGGGGAUCUGUCAGAACACCCCUGGAAGUUUCAGCUGCGAGUGCCAAAGAGGGUUCUCUCUCGACGCUUCUGGACUGAACUGUGAAGAUGUUGAUGAGUGUGAUGGAAACCAUCGGUGCCAGCACGGCUGCCAGAACAUACUGGGAGGCUACAGAUGUGGGUGCCCUCAAGGGUACAUUCAGCACUACCAGUGGAAUCAGUGUGUGGAUGAGAACGAAUGUUCCAACCCGAAUGCCUGCGGCUCUGCCUCCUGCUACAACACCCUGGGGAGUUACAAGUGUGCCUGUCCCUCGGGGUUCUCCUUCGACCAGUUCUCCAGCGCCUGCCACGACGUGAAUGAGUGCUCGUCCUCCAAGAACCCGUGCAAUUAUGGCUGCUCCAACACGGAAGGCGGCUACCUCUGUGGCUGCCCGCCGGGGUACUACAGAGUGGGACAGGGCCACUGUGUCUCAGGAAUGGGAUUCAACAAAGGGCAGUACCUGUCCCUGGAUACAGAGGUCGAGGAGGAAAACGCUCUGUCCCCGGAAGCAUGCUAUGAGUGCAAAAUCAACGGCUACUCCAAGAAAGACAGCAGACAGAAGAGGGGGAUCCAUGAACCCAAAGCCACUGCUGUGGAGCCGAUCAACCUGGAGAGCGUGGAUAUGGACAGCCCUGUGAACAUGAAGUUCAACCUCUCCGGCCUCGGCGCUAAGGAGCACAUCCUAGAGCUCAUGCCCGCCAUCGAGCCCCUCAACGACCAUAUCCGCUACGUCAUCUCCCAUGGCAACGACGACGGCGUCUUCCGCAUCCACCAGCGGAACGGGCUCAGCUACUUGCACACCGCCAAGAGGAAGCCCGGGCCUGGCACCUACACACUGGAAAUCACGAGCGUCCCUCUCUACAAGAAGAAGGACCUUAAGAAACUGGAAGACCGCAACGAGGACGACUACCUCCUGGGGGAGCUCGGGGAGGCUCUCAGAAUGAGGCUGCAGAUUCACCUCUAUUAAGGCCUGCAGACGUGGUUCCAGAUGCAGACCCCUGCUCAGCCAGCCUUCAGAGGCCUUUGAACAAUCAGUGGCUAAUCUUUAAAGAGGAAAAAAAGACACCUUUUGUUUAUUUCCUCCCUGUCUCAGACUUCAGAAUGUUGACCCUCACAGAGAGGGAUUAUUUAGACUCUGGUGUGGCCAAAGAUUUGAGUACAAAGGCAACCGUGGUUACUGUACUUUUUAUGUAACUUCACUUUAAAAUAUAUUAAAAAAAAAAAGAAAACCAGACGUUCAAGAGAUCAGCAUAUGGCACUAAAUGCACAAAAAUAAUGUGAGCUUUUUUAUUUUCCUGUUAGCAGUCUGUAACACUUUGGGUAUUUUGCUAUAGUUGCUAAUUAAAAAAAAUAUAGAUGUUUAUUUAUUUUUAAUGCAGUAAUAUAUGGAGAAAUGAACAAACUAUGUAAACAAAAAGGGAAACUCACUUGUUUUUCUUUAGAUUUAUAAAGUUGAGCUAUUUCUCUUAGAGGUGCUUUUUAAAAAUUCAGUAAAUCCAAGAGAUGUUUUCUUUGGUUUUCUGCCAGUCGUCCAACUGGUACACAUCUGAUUAUUUUAAAGAAAGCCUCCCAGAGCUUAAUGGGCGGUGUAAUUGAUAAUUUAAGACAGAAAUGUCAUUAGGUCCUCUAGGAAGAAGAUCAAAGCCAGAGCAGCUCAUGGUGACAGUAUUUCAUAUCGCCAGGCACACCAGCCAACAGGAGAUCAAGCACGACCACUGUAGCAAAAUACCUUGACUGCUUGUGAGACCAGUAGCAUUGCAGGCCAAACCGUACUGUAUUUCCUUCUCGUGACCUCAAGGAAGCAUGUGUGCUACCCACACCACCUCAUUCUGACCCAGGGUGUGCUGCGUACUUGUGGUACUGUAGGCAGCUCAAGAGCCAUUGGUCCUUUGACGAGGACCACCUGGCAUUCUGUAGUGUUUGGUGCUGUCUUAGAUUAAUGGUGCAUUUAUUAUGUUCAAGCUAUUAUUUCAGGAUUGCCAUAUGUGCAAACAAAUCAUGCAGUACAGCCAAGGAAUAUAUGUUGUUGUUUUUUAAAUCCAUUUUUUUUUAGAAUUUUCAUUAAUAUUGUAGUUAUACACCAUAUGCCUCGUUUUAUCAUAGCCUAUUGUGUAUGAAAGAUGUUUGUACAAUGAAUUGAUGUUUAGUUUGCUUUAGUCAUUUAAAAAGAUAUUGUACCAGGACGUGCUAGUAAGAGUACAUGUCCGUGUUCUUCUCAACCCAAGAACCUGUCCCUGGACCAGCAACCAAACCGCAUCUGUGAAAUGGCCAACACACGUGCUGCCUCUGGGUUGUUCCUCUCACACCUGUGCUGACCAAAGAUUCGUAACCAGUUGUAGCCAGCUGGGGGUCUUUUUGUUUUGUUUCAUCUUUUAAUAACUAAAAAAAAAAAGAAACUGUAAAUUUGUAAUCAAGUGUUUGUGAGGAAAAACUGACGGUUUUUGGUUUUGUUUGUUUUUGUAGGUCUAUGUAUCAGAUACGACACUUUUCUUGCAAUAAAGCUUAUUUUGGGGUAUUCUU